GCUAACGCAGCUCGCGUUGCCCUCGUGCCCUCCCUCCUGAGGUUUCCUCUUGCCUCCGGUGAUGUUUGUGGGAUGCCCAGACCUUUCCGCACUUAGGCGCAAGACGCCGGCGAGGGAAGGGCUCGGCAGGGCGUGGGGGCAGCACCCGGAUUUCCCUCACACUCUCCUUUCCCGGUUCAACGAGCAAACAGAGGGGGGGAUGGUAGAAGGGUCCCGGAAUGCCUUAUGUGGAUCGUCAGAACCGAAUCUGUGGGUUCCUGGACAUCGAGGACAAUGAAGCCUGCGGCAAGUUCCUGCGGAGAUACUUCAUCCUGGACACCCAGGCCAACAGCCUCCUCUGGUACAUGGACAACCCCCAGAACCUGGCUGCAGGGUCGAAAAUGGUUGGAUCUUUGCAGCUGACCUACAUCUCCAAGGUCAGUGUGGCUACCCUCAAGCAAAAACCCAAGACGCCUUUCUGUUUUGUGAUCAACGCCUUGUCUCGGCGCUACGUUCUGCAAGCCAACGACCAAAAGGACCUGCAGGACUGGGUGGAGGCUCUGAAUCGGGCCAGCAAGAUUACGGUCCCGAAGGGUGGAAGUUUACCCCUGUCCACAGAAGUUGCCAAACGCCCCUACAAGACGGAGAUCAUCGGUGGCGUUGUUGUACAUACCCCCAUUUCGGUCAACCAGAACGGCGGCGAUGGCUCUGGCUGCGAAGGCGGCGACGUAGCCGCCCAUCCUCUGCUCAGGCGCUCCCAGAGCUACAUCCCGAGCACCAGGGCGCCGGCGGGGCCUCCGGUCCUCAAGAGCGGCUACUGCGUGAAGCAAGGAAACGUGAGAAAGAGCUGGAAACGCCGGUACUUUGUUCUGGAUGACUUUUCCAUCAGUUACUUCAAGUGUGAGCAGGAUAAGGAGCCUUUGCGGUCAAUUCUCUUGAAGGAUGUGCAGAAGACCCAUGAAUGUUUAGUCAAAUCUGGUGACCUUCUAACACGUGACAACCUCUUUGAAAUCAUCACCAACAACAGGACCUUCUAUAUCCAGGCCUACAGCCCGGAGGACAUGCAUAGCUGGAUCAAAGCCAUCACGGGUGCUGUGCAGGCCCUCAAGAGCUGCUCCCGGGAUUCGCUGCUGCGCUCCAUGUCGCUGAGCAAGCAGGCAGGGACAGCCUCGCCCGGCUCGGCCGCGCCCACUGCCAUGAGGCUGAGGCAGCUCGGAGACGAGCCCAAGGUGGCCGGCAAAGGGCCCUCGACCUCCGGCUGGCUGCCCUGGGAGCCAGUGCCGCAGCCAGGAGGGAAGCCGCCGCCCGCGGCCGAGGAGCAGGCCGGUCCGCUGAAGGACUCGGAGUUUGCCGCUCUGUUUUCCAAGGGCGGCAGGGGAGCCUCGCAGGACAGGCGUCUGCGGCACAAGUCGGAGCCCCAGAACUUUAAAGAACACCCUUUCCCCUACGACCUGGAUGACAAGAGCAUCCGAACUUCGGAUGUGUGACUGCGCCCGGCAGCGGGCGGCUUUCUGGGGUGCAGGUGCCGUAGGAGACGGCUGGAUCCAAGCACCCGGUGGACAUUUGCUCGCUCGCUCGCUCAUUCGCUCGCAGCUGCUCAGGAUGCCGAGGCAGGAGGAACCGCUGCGGAGCUGCCGAUGCAAACUUAGGAAGGGCAUGCGAGGGGCCGGAAGCUCCGUGGCCUUGCAAAGGCCGAAGCACUGACGCACUGGCUGUGCCCAGUGGGGCUAAACCCAGCCCUAUGGCCCACCUGCGGAGGUUGGAAGCCAUGGGACGGGGCGAUCCACUCCCGCCCUGUAUUAGCCGGAGGGAAGUACAUCCAGUCGCCCGCUCUGUCAGGCAGGGUCCUUUCCUAGGACCGGUUCUCUCUGCAUUACAGUCCAUUCCACUGAGAAGCUUUCCUGUGCAGUGAAGGGAAGGCCGCGUUGUUUGAUUGUGUGCGUGUGUGUGUGUGUUGACUCACGGGACCUCGCUGCAGUGUGUACCCAGUUGCACGGCACUUUGCUGGUAGUGGGAACACCGGAUGGCGUGCUUGCUGUGCAGGGGACUGGGGGAAUAUCCCGCCUGUGCCAGAGGGCUCGCCCUUGCUCGCAAGCAAGCCCUUCCAGCACCGUGACUAGGAAGAAACUGCUGGACGGGGUGGCGCUCUCAGCUCCUCCUCUCUUUUACCUCUGCCGUUUCUUCAGGAAAUAGUACACUGUCUUUUCCCCAGAUGCUACUCCUUCCUUGCAACUGCGUGGAAACCAGUUGGGUAGGGGUUGCAAAGCGGGGGUUAGAGAUACCUGCAGCCCCUGGGAGAGCAAAAGGCCUGUGUAAAUCAGGCUCUCUGUGGGACACCCUUCUGAGCCUGCAAAGCCGCACGUGCUUUUCGUCCAGGGAUCAAGAGACCAAAAUACAGGGGAGUUUCUGGAGAGAGAUUCCACAGCCAGGGAACAUAUAAAUGCCAUAGAAUAGAGCAGCCUCCCCCAUCUCAGUCAAAUGGCUUGGACUGCAGUUCUCAUCAUGCCUAUCCAUUGGCCAUGCUAGCUGUGGGAAGAUGGGAGUUGUAGUCCGGUAAUGGAAGGAACCAGGUUGGGGACCAUUUGGAAAGGAUUUGAAGGUUAGGAGGAGAAUGAGACAGAUGAUGGGACACUGGCAAGAGAAACAGCAUCUCUAUUUGGAUUUUUCAGAAGGUGGUCCUGUAUGGCCCAAACAGUACCUGUAGGAGGUCCAUAGCAUUCUUCCGAUUCCCAGAUCCAAGGUGGGAGAUGGAACUCUGCCCUUGUGGGUGGCAAUCCUC